UGUGAUCUAUUUGCCCCACCCCACCUCUUCAGAGCUGCUAGUCUCAAUGUCUAAUUCCUGGAGAAAACGGGGAAAGAGCCUGAAAAAUAUAUAUUUUUGCGUCUCGACUCAACCUCGACUCGCCGAAGAAGCACGUCUCUUACGUGGUGGAAUGUGUUGUCCCAAACGGCGUUAUAUUCAUGAACGUACAUGCACAUGUGUGUACCCACCACUCGCAUUCUAAAGGACUACAAAGCUAAGGCUUGACAGCGGGGUUAUACCAACAAGAAACGAGAAAAUAUCCAAGGAUUCGCAUUAUUUUGCCAUUGGUAGACAAUUCGAAUUCUGUUUGAAACUUGUCUUGUGAAUAUUCGAUGUCUAAUUGGUGUGUGGAGAUCCGUAUUACACCAACAAAAGGAGAGGCAGAGAAGGCCUUAGGCUUGGGGAAAACCAGCAAGGAACUGCUAUCGCAGAAACGAGGAAUAAGAAGGAAUUUCUGAAUUUGUUCAGAACGGGCCAUCGGAAUCGUAUUUCUGACUACACUGUGUUCUCAAGUAUUUGAAUAGCCUGUGACAUGAAGCGAAAAAAUGGAUACGCUGAAAACAAUAUAGCCUACGCAUAGCCUUCAUUUAGUAGCGUAGAGUGCAAAUGUUGUUACACACUACGCUUGUUCGUAUCUGCAUGGAGGAUUGCUGACACAUCGAAGAAACACGGCCUAAUGAAUUGAAAUGCUUUUUAUUAAACCCCACUGGUCUUCUGCACCAAGAGCAUACUCGACUAGGAAUAAAAUCCAGUUGGGAUUGCAGUCAUAUGCUUCAUUUACUGCUAGCCAAUCCGUGGAAUUAAGCAUUUUCCCCAUUUCAGCGCUGAAGUGAAGAAGGCUGAAGUCACGGCUACUUGUUUUGACUGUGGUUUAUAGCUUUAUAUCAAGAAAGCUGUGAUCAUUCAGCGAACAUCUGAGGGCCGCACUGUUGUCGUCAUCAGCAGUAGGCUAUCCUGCUCUCCUAGCAGGGCCAGCAGCACUACUGAAAAGACGCAGGAUGUACACUACGUAAAAUAGAAACUGCACAAUCACGUAUCUAAUCAGGCCGUAUAGUUUUAUGCUUCACUGGUGUAUUUUUACAAACUGUUUAAAUGUCACAAAUGUAUUCGACUAUUUAGUGGGUCAAACAAGAGAGAUAGUAAAGGGUGAUUAAUUAUUUAUUUUUAACAUUCCCCUCCCCUGGACGCUUUUCGUGUGGGAAGAUGGGCUGUUUGGGGAAUAGUAAGACAGAUGACCAACAAAAUGAAGCUAGGCAACAAAAAGAAGCUAGCAAAAGGAUUGAAAAACAAUUACAGAAAGACAAACAGCUAUACAGAGCAACACAUCGGCUUCUACUUUUGGGUGCUGGCGAGUCUGGGAAGAGCACCAUUGUAAAGCAGAUGCGAAUCCUUCAUGUCAAUGGCUUCAAUGCAGAGUACUUCAGUGAUGGGAGCGGGCGGGCCCCUUCCUUGGAAACUAUGGUGGAGGGCUGCUGUAAAGUGAAGGUCUUUGGAUAUCGGCCUAGCGCGGCGUUCUCCCCAAGGGAGAAAAAACAGAAAAUUCAGGACAUCAAGAACAACAUUAAGGAGGCGAUAGAAACUAUAGUAACAGCCAUGGGAACCCUGGCUCCGCCUCUUCAGCUGGCCUGUCCUGCCAACCAAUGGAGAAUGGAUUAUGUCCUUAACCUAGCAAAUCAGAAAGACUUUGAUUUUCCUGCUGAGUUCUAUGAGCUCGCCAAAUGCCUUUGGCAGGAUGAAGGUGUGAAGGCGUGCUAUGAAAGGUCUAACGAGUACCAGCUCAUAGACUGUGCCCAGUACUUUUUAGACAAGAUAGACAUUGUGAAGCAGAGUGACUACACGCCCUCUGAUCAGGACUUGCUCAGAUGCAGAGUUCUAACCUCUGGGAUCUUCGAGACAAGAUUCCAAGUGGACAAAGUCAAUUUCCAUAUGUUUGAUGUUGGAGGACAGAGAGACGAGCGAAGAAAAUGGAUCCAGUGCUUCAACGAUGUAACAGCGAUCAUCUUUGUGGUGGCCAGUAGCAGUUACAAUAUGGUGGUCAGAGAGGACAAUCAUACCAACCGCUUACAGGAAGCAUUGAAUCUCUUUAAAAACAUCUGGAACAAUAGAUGGUUGCGGACAAUCUCGGUCAUCCUGUUUCUCAACAAACAAGAUCUACUGGCUGAGAAGGUUCUGGCAGGGAAGUCUAAAAUUGAGGAGUACUUCCCUGAGUUUGCACGCUACACCACCCCAGAUGACGCAACCCCAGAGUCGGGCGAACAUCCACGGGUCACCAGAGCUAAGUAUUUCAUCAGAGACGAGUUUCUGCGGAUCAGCACAGCCAGCGGAGAUGGCCGCCACUACUGCUACCCUCACUUCACCUGUGCCGUGGACACUGAGAAUAUCCGCCGCGUCUUCAAUGACUGCCGGGAUAUCAUCCAGAGGAUGCAUCUCCGCCAGUACGAACUCUUGUGAUUGAAGGAGAGCGAUGAACUCAGAUAGAUAUACGAGCUGUUGGGAUUGGAGCAGGAGAGAGGGGGGGGGGGGAACUCCAUCAGCAUGAGCUGUCGCUGUUAAGAGGGAGGGAAGGUGGACUUCACCGAGUGAGAGCUGACGGGAUUGGAGGAAGAAAAGAGGAGUGACUGUGAAAAAGCUCUCACGACGGGGUGGGGGUGGGGGGGUGGAAACUGUGACUGUCCCCUCGUUUCCCACUGCUGACCCCCACACCCUAACACUUACACACAGACACAGACAAAAACACACACACGCAUACACACAUAUUCAAGCACAUAUGCCUUUUUAGCAAUCAUACCCUAGUGUCAUAUGCACACUUCCUGAUACACACCAUCCUCACUUGAAGGUGCACACAAUGUCUUUCCAGACUGGUAAGUAUAAACACAUGUCAUCUUACACUGAAGGGCGGUUGUUCCUGAUCAUUUAGCUGCUUUUGAAGUGGUCAGCGACUGAUUGGAAUGGGGGGGAGGGGGGAGAGAAGAUGGAGGGAUUCCCAAGGCAAAAAGACUUUAGGGAACCAGAGAUGUGAAAAGCUGUCAAGAAGAAGGUCUAGAGAGAAACUGCAUUACGAGGAAAGAGACCAGUCUGCAACAGCUAAAAGAACUCCCCUCACAGGGUCAUCUGUCUGUGGACUGCUGUGCCAUUGAUACUUUUGACCUCCCGCUCCUCCUGUCAUCCCCCCUCCCCCCACUCCCUCCUUGUCCCACCCCCUUCCCAAACCUCUACCCUUUACGUUCUUAUUCAUCACCCCCCCCCCCCUCUUUCCAAAUGCUUUGUUUUUCCUGCACCAAUACAGUCUUGGUUGAUCAGAGACUUUAAGAGUAACAAUGUUUUAAAAAUGACAGAAAUGACUAUGAUAACUUGGACACUAAUAUGUUCUCUCACUCUCAUCAGCCUUCUUCCAUCAUCAUUCUCUUCUCCUGUCUCUUUAUUUUACUGCUGGACUAUUAUUCUUGUACAGACUGUAAAAUGUAUUAUUUUGUACAACUUUAUUGAAAAAAAAAAACCUUGUAGAAGAUUCA